GAUGCCUGUCAAGUUUCGGAACGCGACAAUUGCUGCAAAUACGCGUUUCUUCGCAAAGUUAUAGAUAUUCAUUGUUUUAUUUACACGCUACCCUUACGUGCUAUCGAGCAGCAACAGCUCUGUGACAAUGCCAAGUAAAAAGAAAAAAUAUAAUGCACGUUUUCCAGCAGGCAGAAUAAAAAAGAUUAUGCAAACCGACGAAGAAGUUGGGAAAGUUGCACAAGCGGUGCCGAUUAUAAUUUCUAGAACAUUAGAGCUGUUUGUACAUUCCUUACUUACGAAAGCAAUGGAAAUAACAUGUGCCAAAAAUGCCAAGACACUGAGUCCAUCUCAUAUGAAGCAGUGUAUUUUGUCAGAAAGUCGGUUUGACUUUCUGAAAGAUUUAGUCAAAUCUCUACCAGAUGUGUCAGGUCCUGAUGAGGAUGUACCUACGCCACCAUUGACACCUGCUCCAAUAAAUACAAAUAUCCCAAACGUAUCUAUAAUGCGUUAUCCAUCAGAAAUUCCAAAACAACAAACGAUGAACGAGGUGAAUGUAAAAGAGGAAAGUGUAAAAGACAAUGGUGGAGCAGGAAUAUGUAAUUCAACCGCUGUUAAUGAAAUGACGACGGUGCCUCAGGUUCCAAAGUUUCAAAUUUCUGUGCCACCAUCAUUUCAAAUUAGUCAACCAAACUUUUAUACGGAAGUUAAUCCUAUGAACUUGAGUACAAAUACGCCGGGUGUAAAUACGAACAAUCAACCAACGUCAAAUUUUGCUCAUACUGCCAAUCUAGACGAAGAUUAUGAUACAUAGUUAGUUUUCGUCGACUAAUAUUUAGACGUACGAAUUUAUAUGUAAAACAGUAGUACAAGUGUUUAAACUAAAAUGUUGUCACAAAGUUUCUGUUCAGACUGUUUGAUAUAUCAAACGUAGUUGUCUGUUACUACGAGCAAUUUACGAUUACUUGGAUAAUUUAGUUACUUAUGUCUCGGCUAUUAUGAAUUGUUUUUAUAUUUUUAUAUUUGUAGUGUCGCAGUACAGGUUUUUUCAGGCUGGUUAAAGAAUUAUGUUUGAUACUUAAAAGUACUUCGUAUUGCUGUACUCAAAGGCACACAUAUUUGUUCUCUUCUUAUUGGAUCGAUCUAUAUUCACGAUUUAAAAUAAAUGUGAAUAUGAGGAUCCACGGAAUUGUUGUGUGCUUCAAAUCGUAAGAUACGAUUUUAAUUUAUAAGCGAUGUAUUUACCUAGAGUUUACUAUAUUUAUGAUUGUACAUUGCAUAUUGACGUUUUAACUAUUAAGGAUGACGUAGUUUAGAUUAUGUUUUGUAAUAAACAAAUAUUUUUGCAACUUACAUAUAUUAAUAUUCACGCAAUGUCAACAAGCAGUGAGCUCUACGAUUAAGAUAUCUUUAAUUGCGAACGACUUUUAUAAAGAAUAAUUAAUGUUUAUUUAAAAUUACGUUUAAUGCUUUGACAUGUGUAUAUAAAUAAUGCACAUAAUAUUUUCUUAGUACAUUAUGAUAAAUAAUUGUAAAAAUUGUUUAUAAGAAAUACAUUAUACUAUUUUGACAGUC